UAAUAAUAUACAUAUAUUCAGAAUUUAAUAGUAUAAAUAUAGGAUCUACGUAAAAGUUAUUGGGUUCGCUCUAACCCUUGUAGGGUGCUGUAGCUCCGCCCUGGCUUUUAUUAUGUAAAAAUGAGGCCCACAUAAAAAGGUGUCAUGUCAGCUAAAAAGGAUGACAAAAAUACGCUAAAAUUAUGUUCAGUCCUGUGAAGUUAGAGUGUGUCGUAGCAACUUUGUUCAUUGUUCGGGGGAUGCUAGAUGUUUUGCUCUCUUGAGUAUAAAAGAAGUUGAGAAAUGCAAGUAGUUAUGCCAUUUUAGCUAAAACUAUAUCUGUUUUUAUACUUGCUGUUAACAAGUAAUGGAGAAUGAUGAGGUGAUUCUACUGGAUUUCUGGCCUAGCAUGUUUGGCAUGAGGGUCAGGGUUACACUAGCUGAAAAAGGGAUUGAAUACGAGUACAAAGAAGAAGACUUGUUUAGCUCGAAAAGUCCUCUACUUCUUAAGAUGAAUCCGGUUCACAAGAAGAUCCCGGUUUUGAUUCACAAUGGAAAACCAGUUUGUGAAUCUUUCGUUGUAGUUGAGUACAUUGAUGAGGUAUGGAAGGAUAACGAAGCACCGUUGCUACCUUCUGAUCCUUAUGAGAGAGCACAAGCUAGGUUCUGGGCUAACUACACUGAUAAGUUGUAUGAUUUCGGGAGAAGAAUAUGGACAGUCAAAACAGAAGAGUUCGCGGCAGGUAAGAAGGACUUAAUCGAUCCGCUCAAGUUACUGGAGGAAGCUGCACUGGGAGACAAACCUUACUUUGGAGGAGAAAGUUUCGGUUUUCUGGAUAUCGCCCUGAUUGGGUUCUACAGCUGGUUUUAUACGUACGAGACAAUCUGCAACUUCAGCAUAGAAGCCGAGUGCCCAAAGAUCGCUGCAUGGGGCAAAAGAUGUAUGCAGAGGGAGAGUGUCUCUAAAUCUCUAGCUGACGCUCACAAGAUCUGCGAGGCAGUAGUAGAAUUCAGAAAGAAAUAUGGAUUAGAAUAAACAUGUUCAUGUCGUUUUUAAUACAUGAAAGGCAAUUAGUUUUGCCUCGUUGAGUAAUAGUUUCAGCGUUGGAGGAAUAAAGACACCCGCCAAGCGCUGGCUUGUGGAGUGUCAGUAUUGUCUGUAAUUCCGCUUCUUAAAAGCAAAACAUAUGUGGUGUUCAUCCUAA